AUGGCUGACCAAUUUCAGGGAAAAUCAGACUUUAGAGCUCCUCUCCUCACCGGUUCGGACAAUUACAAUUGGUGGAAAGGACAAAUGGAAGCUCAUCUCUCCAGAGACCCUCUCAUGCAAAGAGUUGUUGAAAGAGGUCCCUAUCAAUUCCUUGAUAAAGAUGGCAAAGUCAAAGAUAUUGAUGAACUCACUACCGACGAGCUAACUAAGAUGGGUGCAAAUGGAAAAGCAAGGAGUACUCUCAUCAAUGGUCUUAAUCAAUCUGAAUAUGACAAGGUGUCAUCUCUCAAAUCUGCCAAGGAGAUAUGGGAUGCGUUGGAAGCCUAUCAUGAAGGUUCAAAGGGUCUAAGGAAAGUAAAGUUGGGACAACUAAUGAAGGAACUUGGUGCUUUCGGUUUGCAAAAGGGAGAAACAAUCAAAGAAGCUCAAGCUAGGUUUCAACUCAUUGUCAAUAAUCUAGGGAGACUUGGAAAGAUAAUUCCUCAAUCAGAACUCAACAUGAACAUUCUCGCUUCUGUUCCAUUCGACUUUCAAGCCAAAGUUACUGCCUUGGAAGCUGCUCACAAUAUUGAUACAAUGGAUCAUCUAGCUCUUUUUGCUGAAUUGAAACAAUUUGAGAAAAAGAUGCAUGCCAAGAAGCAUGAUGCUCCGGUUGAGAAAAUGAAGAAUUUAGCUCUUACUGCUGAAAAGAGCAAGCCAGAAUCAGAUGAGGAAUCAGACGAAGAUCUUGCACUCCUUUCCAAGAAGAUUCAACGGAUGAUCAACAAACAUAAUCAGCUGAAAAGGGAGAAAGGCAAGGACAAGGCUAAGAACUCAAGUAGCAGAAAGCCCUCCAAGGAAUCAAAGGAUCAGAAUUGCUUCGAAUGUGGAAAGCCUGGUCACUUCAAGAAGGACUGCUACAAGCUGAAGUCAAAACAGCCUGCUGUUUUUAAAGACAAGAAGAAGAAAUCCAAAGCACUUCUGACUUGGAGUGAUGAUGAAGAAAAAUCUGCCUCUAGUGAUGACUCUGGUGAGGAAAUGAUUAAUCUUGCACUUGUUGGCAUGAAGGAUGACAAUGUUCAAGGACUCACCGAAGAUGGGCUUGUCGAAACUGAUUCCGAGGAUGACAACAGUGAGGUUAGUUCAUUCAAAUUUGAUCUCUCCAAUGAUAAUUCUGUACUAGAAGAACUAACCAUGCAGGAACAAGAUCGUAUUCCAAGUGAGGAAUAUAAUUCUCUUAAGGCAGAAAACAGCAAGCUGACUGAAAAGAAUAACUAUCUCAAGAACAUGGUUCAAGAGCUUAUGCAGAAGAUAGAUACACUCUUUGACUCCAAAGAGCCUACUCAAGCCAUAAUCAAGGAACUUCAAGGAAAACUAGAUCAAUCUGAAGGUUUUCAUAAAGUCUUGAUGAGAAGAAAUGAGGCUCAAAAAGAAGAAAUCUCCCAGCUGAAACAAGAGAUAGAAGCCAGAGAUGCAUGCCUAGAGACGUUCAAAAUUAAGGAAUCCACAAAGCUGCAUUCAUCUCAGCCUGCUGCUAGUACAUCUCAGCCUGCUGCAAGUACAUCACAGCCUGCUGCCACAACAAGACAGCAAGCUGAAAAGAUCCAAACACUUGAAACAGAAGUCUCAAAGCUCAGAAAAGGAAUGGGAACUUUUGUUCAAGGAGAAGAAGGUCUAAAAUUCAUGAUGAAGAGCAUCAAGGUUCCAUUGGAUAAAGAAGGAGUUGGUCUCAACUUCAACAAGAAGGGAAAUGCUCUCAAGUAUGAAGGAAGGCGUGUAAAACCAUAUAAAUAUGCUAUGCCCUGGAAGGAAUGUGCAAAAUGUGGAAGAAAAGGACAUCUAGCCCAGAAUUGCAGAGUCAGACCUCAAAGACAAUACUUCCAGAAAAGAUCAGAAGGGAAAACAACCUACUUGAACAAGAAAACAGCUUACCAGAAUGGUCCAAACAGAAGCUAUAGAACUCAGCAACAUACAUAUCCUAAUGUGGUCCAAAAGUGGAUCAAGAAAACUGAUUUAAAUGCUUUAUAUGUUCUUGCUUCUAACCAGAGUGGACCCAAGCCAAUUUGGGUACCAAAGGGUUGA